AUGGGGCGGCGGCGGCGGGGGGCGCUGCCGGAGCCAGCGGGCGGCUGCUCCUGCUGCCUGGCGGCGGCGCUGCCGCUGCUGCUGCUGCUGCUGCCCGCCGGGUGCCCGGUGCGGGCGCAGAACGACACGGAGCCCAUCGUCCUGGAGGGGAAGUGCCUGGUGGUCUGCGACUCCAGCCCCUCGGCCGACGGCGCCAUCACCUCUUCGCUGGGGAUCUCGGUGCGCUCGGGCAGCGCCAAGGUGGCCUUCUCGGCCACUCGCAGCACCAACCACGAGCCCUCCGAGAUGAGCAACCGCACCAUGACCAUCUACUUCGACCAGGUAUUAGUUAAUAUUGGCAACCAUUUUGAUCUUGCUUCCAGUAUAUUUGUAGCACCAAGAAAAGGGAUAUAUAGUUUCAGUUUCCACGUGGUCAAGGUCUAUAACAGACAAACCAUCCAGGUAAGUUUAAUGCAAAACGGCUACCCAGUGAUUUCAGCUUUUGCAGGGGAUCAGGACGUCACCAGAGAAGCAGCCAGCAAUGGGGUCUUGCUCCUCAUGGAAAGAGAAGACAAAGUGCAUCUCAAACUGGAAAGGGGUAACCUCAUGGGAGGGUGGAAAUAUUCAACCUUUUCUGGCUUCUUAGUCUUUCCACUAUAAAAGAAGGCCAAAUAGGAGACAGAUCCAUGAGCUGGAGCAAGGAUUCAAUCGAUAAUGACACCCUGAACUUGGCAGCACAUGACGAUAUUUUCAGUCACCCCGUCAGACUGUCACGGUAGAAGAAUGAUAACCUUCUAAACUCCAACAUUUGCUUUGAAUAUUGACAAUUCCUUGGGAACCUGCGCCUCUAAUUAGUUUUAGACGACAGUGAUCUUUAGGAGAAAUGAAAUUAUCGACCUGAGCAAUUUGUACCUGUGAUUGUAAAGUCAAUUUUGGAUUUUAUUGUUGGAAUCACUGACUUUCUUAUUCUUUUUCGGUUUUUUCCCCUCUCUUUCAUUUUUUCCUCUUUUUCUUGUUGUCCCAUGAGACAAAUAACUUGGACCACAGAAUCACUUUGUCAGAGGCUUGCUCCAGAGCCAGAAGAAUGGAGCCCAGUGUGAUGUUCUUUCCAUUCUUUAUUUCUUUGUGUUGUAUAGCCUUAAGAAAAAAAAAAAAAAAAGAAAAAAGAAAAAAAAAAGGGAAAAAAAAAUGGCUUCAGUCUCAGUCCUGUAUUUUUCUGGGGGAGGGGGAUUCUGGACAUUACUGUGUCAAGAAGUGCUUUAUCCAGUGAAGCAAAAUUUGCACGAUUGGAACCUUAUUUGUAUUAUUCGUGUUUUUCAUCGACUUUUUAUUUUUCCUGUUUUUUGUUUGUGUGUGCUAAAAAUGUAAGCUAGAUUGAUCAAUAAGACAAAAGAAAGCACAUAUAUACCCUGUAGCUCUAAGUAAAGCUAACCAGUGAACAAUUCUAUCUGCACUUUCCAGCUGAUCUUUAUAGACCUAUUUAGAGAGAGAGAAAGAGAGAGAAAAAGAGCUACAUGAUCCUUCAAUUACAAUCUGGAAACUGGUAAAGGAACUGACAUUUCUGAAUUGUCCUGACAUUUCUAGAAGCAACAAUGGAGGCUUUGAAUAUCAUCUCCGACCAUACCCUAAAAUAUACACUUUCUUCGCAUUAUCAAGCAUAUUUUGGGUGCUUUUAUCUGAUAUUUAUUUGAUGUAUUUGUCCACUAAUGCUUGAAUGCACAUUGUAGGAGCACAGAGAGAUGUCAGAGCAAACUCUUCCUCUUCCAAAUCAAAUAAAACCAUCUCCACUUGAGCUGUCCAUGACAAGUAUUAGAGGAGUUGACACUAGCAUCUUUGACAGCCUUGGGGAGAGGGGCCUCAGAGGAUCCACAAAUGCUCCAGAAAUUGAAUUGGUGCCAUGCAUUUAUUAGCUAUGUGUGCUCUUCCCAAAACAAAUGGCAUCAAAGUUGUGGGGGUGGACUUACAUCAAUAUUGAAGGUUGGUAAAGUUAUUAUCCAGAUUAACAAGAGGUAAAACAUCAGGCAAACGUCAGUUGUAUCCUUUUCCCUCGUUCUUAAUAAACAGAUCUUGUUUCUUCAAUUUUUUAGUUUUUGGUUUGGUUUGGUUUUUUGGGGUUUUUGUUUGUUUGUUUCUUUGAGGGGUGUUUUUUUGUUUGCUUGUUUGGUUGGGGUUUUGUGGAUUUUUUACAAAGGUUAGUGUAUUAGUGUGCUGAGGAAAAUUGCUUGAGGGGAUCGAGAAGAACUUUAUGUUAUAGAAUUUUUGUCUUAAUUUAUUUAUUUUAAAAUAUUUAAUUUGCUAUUAAUCCCCAAAGGGUGGAUGUGUAUAAGAAUUUAUUUUUGUCAGAUUUAGUCCUCUGCCACGAACAAAUAUAAUGCAAAGGCAUUUGCAGGAAAUCGGUGGUAUCUACAUUGUAUUUCAAAAUUAUAGUAGACGUCAUUUUCAUUGUAAAUUUAUCAUUAAAGGGACAAAACCAAUUAAAGUCAUAUAUUCUUAAAAAAACCUUAUCUGUGUUGCUUAUAUACCUCAAAUGACUAAAGUAUUAGCCAAUUUAAUAUUUUUGUGUAUUUUCACCAUUGAUGCUGUUUGUUUGCUUUGCUGUUUCACUUUGCCAAUUACUGAAUGAAUUGGUUUCAGGUUUUGUUUUUAAUGGCUUGCAUUUUCUAGUUACCCCUUAUGUGUGACUGCAGUGUUUCUAGUUGCAAAAUAUUACAGGACUAUGUUUAAGUACAUGAAAUAAAACCUGAGUCAGCAGCAACUUUUUUCUAUUAAAAUUAAAAAAUACAAUAAAUACAGUUGUCUUAAUGGUAGAUAUUGUAAAGAUACUUUUUGUGUUUAAAAUUUGAUCGUGUCUCUGAAGAAAAUAGGAACUGGAUUGGGUUCAAGGUCUCAAUUUUUCAGUUUCUACUACAUUUCCCCAAUUUUAUUUUAAAAUUCUACCUGCCAUAAUCAUAUGUAGUUGUCCCAUUUAUUUCAGUUUGUCUGCCUUGAAUAAGGCAAUUACAUCAUAAUUCUGUCUUUCUCCUGAGACAAAUGAGACCAGUGACAGGGUUUUCCUUGGACCUGGUCUUGAAAGUUUCUUGAAAGCUACUAGAGCUGCAGAAUCUGAAUCUCUCUCUUCAUGUAUUCAAGAUCAGUAAUAUUGACUGCUUAUUUUGUAGAGCUAAACAUGUUGAUAUGUAUGAUAACCAAUCUUCUGAAUUUAAUGAAGGUUUUUAAAAUACUGCUUUUCUCUCUCUGCUGCUUUUGUGUCUUUCAUACUAAGUUACAGAGCUAGGACUCUUAUAUAAAACAGUUAAACUAAAUGGAAAAUAUGGAGUAAAUUCUAAUUGUACACUUAUUGCAAUCAUGAUCCCUCCUUUUAUUUCUUCUGUGUUUUUUGUAAUAUUUGUUCCCUUUCCGCUUUUAAUUUUGUAUCUGAGUCCAAGAAGGUGCAAUCUACUUGUUGUUGGAAAUAGUAGACAUUUUGUUAUUUUUAUAAGGUGCAAAUCUCAUAUUUUAUGUUACGGGGGAAAUGUACAACAGCAGCACUGUAGAUUGCAACAGGAAAUAUUAUGUGAGACCAAUUAAAGGAACGUCGCAUUAAGCAUUCUAUUAAGAAUAAACUUAUUUAAAGUAAUUUAUAUAAAUAAAUUGAUGGGUAACAUUCAGAGUUGGUGUAAAUUUAAUACUGAGAGACACCAUGAGAGUUAGUAGGUGUGAAAUAUAUAUGGUAGUGAAGUAGGCCGACGGCACGAUAAUGACUGGUUCCUGAGGGAACAAUAGCACAAUAUUCCUUCCAACAAAUUUCAAGCUUUCUCAUAAGCUGCUGUGUAGCACAGUCAUAAGUUCUUCAGCCUGCUUACAGCAGGGUAGAAGCCAGGAACUGUAUUAGGAAUGAUAAUUUCUCAUCAUAUACAUUGUUGCCUUCCUCUUGGUUUUUGAGUUUUAUAUCCAUAGUUUGAACACGGUCUUGCCAAAGCCUGUGUGCUCUCACCUGCCCCUGAGACAGUGGGUGUGAUGGAUGUGCAGUGUACCUCAUUACUGGUCAGCAUCUUGCAAGCUGGAUCUGUGGGAGGAGGAGAGAGACAGGACAUGAAACUAGAGAGUUGUUUAGAAGUUGUAUUGAAUUUGUUGGCUGUGACUUUUUUAACUUUUAAAAAGAACAUUUUGGUUUUAUUGACGGAAUUUGUUUCUUGGAAAAUCUGUCAAAGUAGAAGAUAGGCUAAAAUGGCUUGUUUACUGAUGGAGUUAUUCAGAAAUAGCUGAAAGCAGUUUCAUGUCCUUGUAAUGUCACAUUGAUUUCUGAAAUAGACAGUCACAGGUAGAAUUGCUUAAAAAUAGCUUUUAUAAUUAAUAGUCUGCUUCGAUCCAGAAUAACUUUGUAGUGUUAAUGAGCACUCAGAAGUCAGUGUCAUUAAUAUACUUCAUCAUUUUCAUGGGUAAUGACUUGUCAUUAAACAAGUAUACAUAAUUAAAGAAAAACUAUUGAUUCAUCUAUUUUAAUAUAUUGUUGAAAAGCCAAGGAAUGUCUUUUGAGACAUUGCAUGGUUUCUAGAUUUGGAACCACCCACUGUCUUGAACCAUUGUUCCAGGAUCAUGUUUGAAGGGGAGUCAUGCCCAUUUUUAAUCAUAGUGGCAAAUUAUUAUUCAUUGUAAAAUACCCACUUUCUUCAUGGAACAACUUCUUUUAUUUGACAUGACUUCACCUGUCAGAAUGUUCACCUGACAGAACUUUAUGGUUCCUGACCAGCUGUUAGCUAAAUCAGAUUGACAGCUUAUAAACUCCUGAGAAUUAUUGGUAUCCCUUGCAACUGUAGUUGGACACUGACUAGGUGGUUGGACAGAUGAUAGACAAGCCUUUAGAUCAGCUGUUUGUAUAAUCAGUAAAAUUCGAUAGUACAAUAAAUACAUUGUCAUUUCAGCAAAGAGGCUAAUCUUGCUUGUUUCACUUAUUUCCUCUUAUGAAUGUGCUUUUCUUGUGUGCCCCUCAGCGUUAAAUUUACAUCAACUCUGAAUGUUGCCCAAUCAAUUUAUUAAUAUAAAAUACUUUAAAUAAGCCUACUCAGGAUGUGUUAGGAGGCUCCUUUAAUUGGUCUCACAUAAUAUUUCCUGUUGCAAUCUACAGUCCUGCAGUUGUAUGUUUUUCCCCCCAACAGAAAAUGUAUCACAAUAUCCACACCUUAUAUCAAAAUGUCUACCAUUUCCAAUAAUAACUAGGAGGAGCUUAUGAAAAUGUCAAUAGUAUUGUGCCUGAAUUGGAUUUGGUUUGGGUUUUGUUCAUGAUCUAAUAUUAUAUUUAAAAAUCAGUGAUAAUAUCAGUACAAACCCUUAGUAAACACAACUACUGUUUGGUUUUAAGGUAUUUAAACACAAAUCAUAAUUAUGAUCAUAUAAUGAAAAGUCUAUAAAUAUAUUUUGAAUGCAUAAUUUAAAUCCAUUUUCAAACCAGUCAUGUUUAUGGUCUUAUCCAACAUAAUCAUGAUCUUUUUUUCUUAUUAGAUAUUAUUAAUAAAGUCCAAAGACCACUAGUGGUAUUUUAUGCUAUUUGAGUGUAAAUAUGAAAAUACACUUCACAAACUGAGUAUAUCUAACAUAUCCCGUUUCUUAGGUCAUACUUUAACCUAUUUAGUAAAUCCUCUCUGCUAUUCAUCAGCAAAAUAAAGUUGCCUAACUUGCUGGUUCUCUGCAGAGCACAUACCACAGAUGGUAUAAAUAAUGGCAUAACAUGACAUGGAGAGGCAAUUAAUGAGUACUAUAAUGAAUUCUGCAUUAAAAAAAAAAAAACCUGCAUCCACAGAAAUUCAGGUUGUAUUGACAAAUGCUUCAAAACUCAGGAAAUACAAAAGUUAAGUUUUUAAACUGUUUGUGACUUAUACUACUUCCAUUGUAAUAAUGAAGGGUUAUUUUUGCUAUAGGAAUCUAAAAAAUAAUUUAAUUUUUUUUCUGAUAUCAGCUGUAUUUAAAGACUUAUUCAGCGUAUUGAUAUAUUCAAUGCUGUACAUAUUCAACCAAAACCUAAGUUCAUCAAUUAGUUAUUAGUAGUUAUUAUGUAACAUUCUCAUUUCUGCUGAUAUAUUUAAAUUAAUUGAAACUACCCCUUUGAAAUGCAUUUCUCAGUGUGUAAAUGUACACACAAGUAUACACACAAGUACACACACACAUAUAUACAUAUAUAUGCAUAUAUUUACAUAUAUAUGUGCACAUGCAUGUAAAACACACAUUUUUAGCUAGGAAUGGAUUAAGAGCUGGUUUUUUGUAUACAGUUUGGCUGUCCUUUUUCUGAAGCAUUACCACAACAGAUUAAUUUUUAUUUUAUUUAUUGUCAUUCUAAACCUGAAACUGUUUAUCUUUGCUUACAUCUAAGAGUACAUAAAAUGAUAGCAAAUAGCAAUAUACAUUUCAGUGUCUGAGAGCUGCCACAGCUAAGGUAAUAUUAGGGUAAAGUGAAGCAUACAGUUAUCAAUAAAAGACUUUAAUUACCUCAAGUUCUGUUGAAGGAUUUUGUGAUGCGUAAACCUAUAGCACUGUGUGGGAAUUGCUUCAAAAAGACAUACAGGGGGAUGUCACAGGUGGAAGUUCAGUUUGUCCUUGUAUUGAUACUAGAUGGAAAACCCUUAUACAUAUUAUGUAGCAAAUAUGUGCCUAUACUAAGUUGUUUAACAACAAUAAUCUUUAUAUGCUGACUUAAUUUUGAUUGUGUGACUUUUCCGUAUAGAGAUGCUUUAUACUGUCACAUAUGGGAACUAAGAAUACAGCAACUUCACUGGAUAAAGAAUAAAGGGUUUUCCAACGUUUUUCACUAGGAGGAACAACCUAGCACAGAAUAUAUUUUGCUUCUACAGACUUUAGUGCCAGUGAAAAUAUGUAGGAAAUUAUUUAAAAAAGAAUCUUUCAAGUUCUUACAAGUUAUUUAUUGUUAACAGCAGCAGAAUUUUCUCACCCCUGUUCAUAAUAGUAUGACUAGGAGUAUUUUAGGAUGGAGUUUAAAUGGAUAUAGCUAGACCUAACAGCAGGCUUCUUCUCUCUCUGAAAUUUUCUGGACAGCUAUAUGUUCUCAUUAGAUUUUAUAAUCUCUCUAGAUGAAAUUGUCCUUUAACUCUGACUGUCAAGUGAAAUCACUCUUGCCUAAUUAUUUCACCUGGGUAGGGACAGCAUUCAUUUUUCUGCUUCUUAGCAGUGGUUCUCUCGUUUUCUUAUACUAUAUCAACUGUGCUAAAAAUAUCCAGCAGAGUAAAGGAGAUUCCCACUACACUUGCCUCCUUAAGACACUUUAAUUUCUCUCCUCCUGCCCUCUUUUAUCCUUUCGUUCAUGUUUGAAAGGCCCCUGAUGUUGAAUUGAGUAUUUUUUAAAAUAAUGCUUUUCCAACUCUGUAAAAACUUGUUCAUGCAAAAUGAUGAAAGCUCUAGUUGACUGCUUACAAGUUAUCUCAUCCAUCUGUUGUGCAGCCAGAACUC